AUGGUUGGGUUCGAGGUGAAAGACAUCUAUAAUGCAAUUGAGAAGCAAAGAAGAGCUGGAACCAGUGACACGGAUAAUGCACUAACUGUUUUCGGCGAUGUUAUAGGGUUUGAUGCGACGUAUGGGAGGAACAAGUACAAAUGUCCCCUUGUGAUAUUCUCUGGCGUGGAUCACCACAUGCGCACUAUUGUGUUUGGAUGCACAGUUCUCUCGAAGGAAGGGGAGGAAAGCUAUGUGUGGUUGCUUCGGGCAUUUCUGAAGGCCAUGAAAGGAAAGGCUCCUAAGUCUGUUAUUACCGACGGUGAUCAAGCCAUGAAGAGUGCAAUCAAAGCUGUCGAUGACUUUGAAGAUAUAUGGAAUGAGACAGUUGAAGAAUUUGGGUUGCAACAAAAUUCAUGGGUCAAGGAUAUGUACGAGAAGAAACAUAUGUGGUCGAAUGCCCAUAUUAGGGGUAAGUUCUUUGCUGGGCUCAAGACAACAUCAAGGAGAGUAGUGGUUGCUGAUUACAAAUCUGCUUAUGGAGAUCCGGUUGUGAAAACAAGAUUGGAGGAGUUAGAGUGGUUUGCAGCAACAGUAUACACACGAAAGGUCUUUGUCUUAUUUCGGGAGGUGUUAUUACUAACUAGCAAUGUCAGAGUAGUUUCUUCGAAGAAGACAAGCACGUGUACAUUGUUUGAGGUGGCCAUGUAUCGCCAAGGUAGAUCAUGGAAUAUUUCUUGGGGCGAGAUGGAUGAUGAAUUCAGAUGCUCUUACCUGCGUAUGGAAUCCAUUGGAAUCCCCUGUGUGCACAUAGUUGGUGUGCUUAUUAGACUUAACAUGGUUGUUAUUCCAGAUAGUCUUGUACUGGGUCGUUAG